GCAGGAUCGAUAAGCAAUAUAGACGGCGCCGAGUACAACUGCAAUAAAACUGCAGUGCGAAAGGUCAUCAGCGGAGUCGUCGGAGCAGCAAGCUCGGUCACAUCCAUCCAAGUAGCGAACCUUCUCCGACUUUUUCGAAUACCGCAGGUCUCUUUCUUCUCUACCAGCCCGGAACUAUCCAACAAACAACGCUUCGAGUAUUUCACGCGCACCAUUCCGAGCGAUCACUAUCAAGUGAAAGCAAUGGUGGACAUCGUGCUGGACAUAGGAUGGAGUUACGUGUCCAUCAUAUACGAGGAGAGCAACUACGGGAUAAAGGCGUUCGAGGAGCUGGAGGAGCUGCUAGGAAAGAACAACAUAUGCAUCGCGAUUAAGGAGAAAUUGGUGAAGGAUUCCGGCGUUGCCGAGGAGACCGCUUACGACAAUAUCGUGUUGAAAUUGCUGACUAAACCGAGAGCACGAGGGUGCAUAAUAUUCGGCUCGGAUCAAGAAGUGGCCGGUGUGAUGAGAGCGGUUCGACGUUGCAACGCGACCGGCGCGUUCUCGUGGAUCGGGAGCGACGGGUGGAGCGCCAGAGGCUUGGUUAGUAAUGGCAACGAGCCGGAAGUGGAAGGUACCCUAUCAGUCCAACCUCAAGCCAAUCCUGUCAAGGGUUUCGAGGAAUACUUCCUGAAUCUGACCGUCGAGAACAACCGGAGGAAUCCGUGGUUCGUUGAAUUCUGGGAAGACCACUUUCAAUGUAGAUACCCGAACGCAUCCGUAACACCGUACAAUCAAAAGUACAAGAGACCGUGCACGACGAAAGAGCGCCUGACGAAACAGAACACGGUGUUCGAGGAUCAGCUGCAAUUCGUCUCCGACGCUGUCAUGGCCUUCGGCCACGCCUUUCGAGACAUGCACAAGGACCUCUGCGACGGUAAACCUGGACUCUGCGAAACGAUGAAACCCAACAAGGGUACGGAGCUGUUGCAGUACCUUCGAAAGGUGAAUUUUAAAGGUCUGAGCGGCGACAAGUUCGAGUUCGACCAGAACGGCGACGGCCCGGCGCGAUACAACAUCAUACACUUCAAACAAAUCAAGCCCGGCAAGUACAAGUGGGUGCGGGUCGGCGAGUACGUUAACGGUGAAUUAAAGUGGAAUAAGUCCGAAAUCCAAUUUAAACUUGGACAUCCUCAGCCGCCCGAAAGCGUGUGCUCUCUACCCUGCGAGGUCGGCCAGGCAAAGAAAUACGUCGAGGGUGAGAAAUGCUGUUGGCACUGCUUCAACUGCACUCAAUAUCAGAUACGACAUCCGAGGGACGAGACCCAAUGUAUACCCUGUCGUCAAGGAACGGUGCCAGACGACACGCAUUCUGCUUGUCGUGACAUCCCCGAGGAGUUCCUGCGUCCGGAGAGCGGAUGGGCGAUAGGGGCAAUGGCUUUCUCUGCCACGGGGAUUCUGAUAACGCUGUUCGUCUGCGGCGUGUUUCUGAAGCACAACGACACGCCGGUAGUUCGCGCGUCUGGUCGCGAGCUAUCGUACGUGCUGCUGUCUGGGAUUCUGCUCUGUUACCUCGUCACUUUCGCCCUCGUUCUCAGACCGACGGACAUUGUUUGCGGCAUUCAAAGGUUCACCGCAGGCUUCUGUUUCACCGUGGUUUACGCGGCGCUGCUAACCAAGACGAAUCGAAUAUCGAGGAUCUUCAACGCGAGCAAGCACAGCGCCAAGAGACCCUCCUUCAUAUCUCCGCGAUCGCAGCUAAUCAUCUGCUUCGGUUUGGUGUUCGUGCAAAUUUUAAUCAACGGCGUCUGGAUGAUAAUCGACCCGGCCAGGGCGAUGUACCACUAUCCAACCCGUGAGGACAACUUGCUCGUUUGCAACAGUUACAUCGACGCCAGUUACAUGAUCGCCUUUGCCUACCCCAUCAUGCUGAUCGUAGUUUGCACUGUGUACGCUGUUCUCACCAGGAAGAUCCCAGAAGCUUUCAACGAGAGCAAACACAUUGGUUUCACCAUGUAUACCACGUGUGUGAUAUGGUUGGCUUUCGUGCCGCUGUACUUUGGAACUGGAAACAACGUCGCGCUGAGGAUCACAUCGAUGUCAGUCACCAUAAGCUUGUCCGCCUCCGUAACUAUAGUCUGUCUCUUCAGUCCUAAGUUGUACAUCAUCCUAAUACGACCGGAAAGGAACGUGCGUCAGAGUAUGAUGCCAACUAAGUACAGCACGACGAAAAGCUCGGCGGUCACGGCUACCAAUGCCUCGAGCAUGAUAGCGCCAGUCACGCUGACCGCGGCUACCUGCGAUCAGAACAAGGCUGUGAAGAAACACAUUGCCACCACUAUAGACUGCUCGACCCAAAGCGAAUAUUACGAACUGGAGAUAAAGGAUCAGAAGAACGGCAAGCCACCAGCGUCGGUCGUUUCCCGAUCGACUCAGACCACAGGUAACAACGACAAGGACUCGAGUGCUAUGAUAUCGAGCAAAGACUCGAAAGAGAACACCACCACGACAACGAAGCAAUUGAACAACAACGCGAGAAUAGGAAACGGGCCGGUGAAUCAGAGCGAGGUCCCCUUAUAGCAGCAAAUCUCCAUAGAACCGACAAUUUUGCCGGCGAUGUUGAAACCAAUUUCGAAGAGGCCCGUGGUAGUUUAAAGGGACGGGAACGCGAAACGACAUCGAUGAAACGUCUCGAUACGAAUAUUUUGUAAAUACACUGACUGAACAUGCAUCGAGAUAUCGCAUACGUUGAUAAAUUCUCUUUUGAGGCUGCGCUUGUUAAGGCUGGACGAAGAUGCGAAAGUGAAAAGGAUAUCGUAUAAAUUGUAAACAAUAUCGAAAGUUUGUCUCGUGUGUGAACGGGUUAGAGGAGCAUAAAUGAAUUAAUAAAAUGAAAUAAAUAAAUUGUAGACUCGUGGGAAAAAAUUUUUUGUGGGGGAGAGAGAGGAGAGAUUCUUUGAAUUUUCGGAGAGGAGUUGAUUCGAUUAAUUACUACGAAUACACGAGCAACGAAAGCGUUAUGUAUGUAUGUACACCGUGCCGAGACGCAUAAUCAUCGCGACCAUGGUUAACUGUUAAGUGGCGUUUUGAAAACUGCUCUGAUUUCUUCUGUGAUCAUAGCGUAAUGCACGUAAUAACCACGUGAGAUUGCAUAAACACUAUUUUGUAUAUACACUGUCGUUUCAUAUCGUCUGUGCACGUUAACACGAGCCAUUUUGCCGAUUGUAAAUAUCGUUAGUCGAAAAUUCGUUAUUGUGUAAAAAAAGGAGAGGAGAAAGAUCACGUAUCCAAAAAAAAAAAAAAAAAAGAAAAGUAUCGUUGCCAAAUACGAUUAUAAACGUUUAAACGAUCUUCUAUUAGCAACUUUUGUAAGAAAAACAUUAAGGAACAAAAAAAAGAAAGGGAAAGAGGAGGGAAACGAUCAGUCGUUCGAUACAUCGAGAAUACCAUUCGUCGAUUGUUCUAUACACAAAUUAAAUUAAAUUUCUGUAAAUAGUUCAACGAAAUGACACACAUACACAUACACACACACAUAUACACAGAGUAAAUUACUCGAAAGGAUAACUAUAUACAAUUAUACUUAAUUCGAAGCUAAUAAUUCUCUUUAAGAAAAACAAUUCCCAAGUGUGACUAUACGAACGUAGAGUCUUAGAUAAUUAAUCUUUUCUCCUUCUUUUCGAUAUCCUCUCUGCAGACUGUAGGAAUUGCUACGCGUAGAAUUUAAAAAGAAAAAGAAAAAAAAAGAAAUAAAAAUGAAAAAACGACGCAACAACUGCGUCAAUUCAAUCAGAGAUAUAUAUUGCGAAACGUAAAUUUCUCAAUAACGUAACGUCUGUAGUCGCUCUAAGAUUUUAAUCGAACGUCAACGCUUGAUCUCUGUAUAAACGAAAGAAAGUGUAAGCGACCGAACAAUAAAAACGGUACGUUCGGUAGAUACACCAGAAAUGUACAUACGUGUUAAGAUAUACUUGUAAAUUCUUUUCGUAGUGUAGCAGUCAACGACGAACAUAUCUCAAUCUAACUCGUGUGUACGUAGCUUGUUUCCUCUUACGUUAGUUUCGCCUGAACAAACGAAAAAUGAGUAUAACGAAAGUUGCCGAUCACUUCAAGCAAUUCGUUCUGUGCCGUUUUAUAUAGCGCCGAUUGUGUGUGUAAAAGACGAUUUGUAAACGUUUUGAAUUUUUAUAGAGAAUCUCGAAAGGGAUAUUCCCCCGUGUCGAACUUUGGGUACAAAUGAGCCCAGUAUCCAUCGUUUGGCACCGAUCCCUCGUUUCUUUCAAAACAAAAAAAAGCAAAACAACACUCUGCUACAACGACAUUUGAUAAGUUGAAAGAGACAUUAACCGAGCAUCAGGAGUUGAACUAAUAAUUUCAUUCGAAAGCAAAAUUCUGAUCAAAGAAAGAAAACGUAACCGAUGUUACUCGUACGACACAGCUUUGCGAGAACGUGUGAAUGUAUUCUUUUUUUAUUUUUUAUCUCGAACGAUCGGAUUUAAUUCGAGAGUAUGUAAAUACAUUCAAAAUAUGUGAUUGUAAAUAUAGAUUGACACCGUGCUAAGUAUUAAGACGUGGAAACGAAAACCACUAGUUCGUACGGAACCAAUUUAGCCAUAAACUAAUUCUGUAAGUGUUAAGUGAACUUUGAACGCGAGAUUAAAA